AUGAAAACUCUGCUUGUGACCUUCUUGUUGGCUGUCGUUUGCACAGAGAAAGUGUAUUCCCUUGCCUGCUAUUACUGUGAAAAUGAACCUUCCAACUGGAAUUGCAUGACAAUGAAGAAGUGUUCAGAAAGAGACAAAUACUGCACUACCAUUAAAACGGUCAGACAGGGAAGGCACGGUGAGGCCGAUGACUACAGCAUCAGCAAGCGAUGUGUUCCAACCUGUGAUGAAAACUACAUCGACUCAGGAUCGUCAUCUGUCGCUACGAAAUGCUGCACAUCUAGCUUGUGUAACAUCAGUGGGGCUGCCAGCGUGAAACUAAACAAUAUGGUGCUGGUUUUGGGAAUCCUGGGCAGUUUCUUCUACAUCUUCCAGUCUAGAUAA